AUAUAAGAUACGGCCAUGGAAACACGUUUUAGCAGUCAGAGUCUACAACCACCUGCCAUAAUGUGGUUGUGGCUGCUGCUCUCUUUGCCGUGGACUAUUAAUGCAAAUAAAUGGUGCGACACAAGGUUGUGCGAGCAGGGGCGCCUCCACAUACUUUGCAAAGAUCAAGGGAGAUUUUACAGCACGUGCUCCGCGGCUUCAGAACUUGUGCAAAUGACAAAAAAUGACAUGGAAAUGAUCACGCAUAUCCAUAAUGAUUUGAGAAACAAAGUAGCAGGUGGAUUUACGGCAUUGCCCAGGGCAGCGCGAAUGUUGACAAUGCAGUGGGACGUAGAUCUGGCGAAAGUGGCCGAGGCGGCCGUAAGGAUGUGUCAAUUGGAGAAGCUUUUGUGUGCCACAACGCCACUUUUUUUGUGGACCGGCCAGAACGAAGCUUUGGAAAGCUCUGACUGCAUUCAGCCCAGCAAUAUUCUACUAAGAAAACAGCUGGAGAGCUGGACCAGCCAGUUAAACAAUGCACUGCCUCAGCAUUUGCAAGAUCCUUCAGCUGGAGCAACAGCAGCAUACUUUCUACAAAUGGUACGCGAUCGGUGUGAUCGUUUUGGAUGCGCCAUCAGUCGCUUCACCAUUGGUCCAAUGACGCAUCAGCUGCUGAAGUGCAUUUAUAGCUGCACCAUUCGGGUGGCCUCCCACUUGAAUCCCGUGUAUGAGGCGGCAUACUCACAUGCAGGGGAAAAGUGUUACUCAGGCCGCAGCCAGGUCUACCCCCAACUAUGCCAUGCAAUGGAACGCGCUACAAAAUGUUACGGAACUGAUUCUGAAGGACAUACGCCAACACCUGGAUAUCCUGGAUAUCCUCAGUAUCCUCCAUCUCCUGGAAAUCCCUCCUAUCCUACAUAUCCUGGAUAUCCUUCACAGCCUCCUCCAUAUCCAUCAUAUCCAACAGAUCCUACACUUCCUCCAUUUACUUUUCCACCUCCUCAGGAACCACUUCCUCCCUACCCCAUCGGUAAAAAAUACAAACCACCAAAAAUACCGAGAAACCCGCGUAUGCCACCACCUGGUCCUUCUCUCCCAUACCCAUCCCCGCCACCAUAUUUUCAUCCACCCCCACCCUUUUUGAGUUUAUUCGGUUUCAAAAUUCUUAGGACAGCAGGAUCUAUAAAAAGAAGAGCACGUCCGAGGCCUCGAAUCAAUUCACAAGAGUUAACCAGCGCGGAGUAUGACUUCUCCGAUUACGUCCAUGAUGUGGAUCCCUGUGACACUUGCACCACGACACCGUGCAAAUUAAAGUUUUAUUGUUUCUAAUUUAUUUGCAAUUUGUAUGAACACCAUAAAAG